AUGAAUGAUAAUGUUAUAUGCAAUACGCUAUAUUUUCUCCAAAAAUGUUAGCUUCUUCUAAGUCAGAUAGAAGGUCAUUAAGAAUGGAUCAAUGAAAUAAAUUAGUGUUAGAAGGAAUUAGAACUCCAUAAAGCCAAUCACCCUCUCUAUGAGCAAUGCUUGGCCUUCAUUACUGACAAGAUCAUACACCCAUUUUUGUAAGACUUAGACAUUCUGUUCAAUUGUCAAGAUGUCGUUAAGGAAAUAAAAAAAUAUGAAUUGAAUUUUAACUACGUAAUCAAGAGGCUAUCAUUGGUAAUGUGAGUAUCUAUAGAUUAGAUAAGAGAGUUCAUUCCAAAUGUGGUGAAGGUGCCUUUGGACGACUUGUUUUGUAAACCUUAAACUGAUGAGGAAUGGAUUUAAUUAAAUCGACAUAUAGAAUAUGUUAAUGUAUGAUGAAAAUUUAAAAUAAGUUAGAUGAUCCACUGUCGUUGUCUAAAUAAUUCGAUCAGUUUUAUGAUUAUAUAGCUUUGGGAGCAGCCUACUGUACUUUGGGUACAAAGUACUCUAAUUCAUUGAUAAGUUUGAUCGUUCAGAAUGUGGGUGGGGCUGUUAUGUUAGUAAAGAAAUAGACAGCAAGAAACAUCAAGACCAAGGAAAUCACAAAUCCAUCACUCUCAUUUGUUAAGGGUUUAUGGAGUAUUCAAAACAAUUCAGCAUUUUUCAAGAAUUUCAUGAAACUGACUAAUUGUAGGGUGAAGUCUCACUUUAAAAUUCAUGUGCCCUUUUUAUUCGAAGAAUAACAAUUUAAAUAUCAUCAUGACAAUAAUACCUAUGUUAAAGAGAAGUUUAAGGGUUUUAAAAUGGUCGAUGAUCUAUUCAAUAAACUUCAAGCAAAGGAGUUAUCAUUGAAAUAAAAAUAAUAAAAAAUAAAAGUGAGAAUUAUUUCAGCAAAUAAAGUAAAUAUAAACUAAAAAGUCGAUUAUUCCUAAUUGGUUUAGAAAGUCGUCGAAGUAAGUUCAGAACAUUAUCAAAUAAGUUCGGUUUUUUAAUAGAACAAUAAGAAUUCAAAUAUCAAAAAAGUAGUCCUACAUAUUCAUGGUGGAGGGUGGGUAGCCAUGUCCUCAUUUAGUCAUCAAUCUUAUACAAGGAAAUGGGCGAAUUACUUAGGAGAUGAUUCUAUAAUAUUCUCAAUUGAUUAUAGAUUGGCUCCUGAAUAUAGAUACCCAUAUGCUUUGGAAGAUGUAUGGCAAUUAUACUUAUGGAUCAUCAAUUUCAGUCAAUUCUAUCUAAACAUCACAAUUGAAUAAAUCGUUUUGGCAGGAGACUCGGCAGGUGGCAAUAUGGCUUUGGGAGUUUGUUUCAGAGCAAUCAAAUAUGGAGUCAGGAUUCCUGAUGGAUUGUUGAUGGCUUAUCCAGCUGUCAAUUUGGAUUUUACUUAAUUCAACCCUUACUUAUUAUAAGGAUUGAUUGAUUAGGUGGCUCCAGCAACAGUGUUAAAAUUAGCAUUACAUGAGUACUUGAAAGACACAAAUGCAACUCCAAAUGUUGAUCCCUACUUAAGUCCAUUGAUAGCUGAUGAUUCAUUUUUAUAACAGUAAUUACUAGUAUAAUAAUGUUAGACUACCUAAAAUGACGAUCAUGUGUGGUGAAUUGGAUAGUCUCACAGGAGACACAAUAAAAUUUGUAAAUAGAUUAAGGAAGUUGAAUAAGUAAUUUAGAAUGCUUAUAUAUAAUGGAAUAAAUCAUGGAUUUCUGAAUUUUGAAGUGCCUAUUUUUGCAGUGCCUGCUAUAAAACCAUUAAUCGAAAGUAGCUGUGAUUUAUUAAAGCAGUUGUUUAAUUAAUGA